AUGGAGAGGAAUUUUACGAUAGCAUCGCUUGAGAAUUGCCUCUCCCAAUUAAAACGAGCCGAUGAAUCCGUAGUGCGCAAGGCAAUCGAAUCCGGAGAUGGCUUAAACGAAUCUACAAAUGAUGUUGGUCAAAAGCUGUCUGAAGCUCACCGAAGUGCUGUCAACGACUGCUUGGAAAACUCGGAAAAACUUGCAGAGCUUCAUAAGCAAAUUAAUGCAUGCGACAAGGUUUUUGAGAGAUUGCAAAAUGUACUCUACAGUUUUCAAGACAACCUAGGAACAAUUGGAGAGGAUAUGAAGUUGCUGCAGGUUCAGUCGUUUGAUAUUCAUCAGGAACUUGAAAAUCGAAUGAAAGUUCGUGCUGAACUUAGCCAAUUUGUUGAUGAUAUUGUGGUUCCACAGCAUAUGAUCAGAACAAUAAUGGAUACAGAGCCAAAUCAUCGAGGAUUUAUUGAAGCUUUGCACGAACUUCAUCACAAGAUUUCACUUAUCGCCUCACGACAAACUGGAGAAGCGAUUGCUGUUCAUGAUACUAUCCCAGUGCUAGAAAGCCUCAAAAUCAAGGCAAUUGAAAAAGUGCGCGAAUGGCUUUUAACCAAAAUUUAUCAAUUCCGCAAACCGCUCACCAACUAUCAAGUGUUCCAACAUCAAUUGCUUAAAUGCAGAUUCUUCUACGAAUUUGUUCAUAGUCAUGAUCCAAUCAUUGCGAAAGAAAUUCAGGAAGAGUACAUUGAUACUAUCAGCAAAAUGUUCUUCACGUACUUUAAAGCAUAUUCUUCAAGAUUGUUCAAACUAACGAUGAAAGAUGAAGCUACAAAGGAUGAUCUUCUUGGAGCGGUGGAUUCGGUGAAAAGUAGCUCACUUGCUGGUUUCUUUUCAGCCAAACCUCAAGUUCGCAACAAAGCAACAGUAUUUUCGCUUGGUCAUCGUCAUUCAAUUCUUGAAAUCGAUUUUCUUUCGGCUUUGAUUGUUCCUCAUGCGGCUUCGCAGCAUAGUCAGUCAUAUCAAUUCGAAGCUUUAUUCCGAUCUAUUCAACUGGCUUUCGUCGAUCACUACAGCCACGAAUAUCUGUUCAUUAACGAUUUUUUCAUGAGCACAGAGCACGACACAAUUGAACUGCACUCAAGGGCCAUGUCUCGAGCUGUAUCCGUACUUUUAAAAUGCUGUGAAGAGCAAAUUGUGCUAAAUUGGGACGCUAUCAGCCUUCAUCUCUGUCUUGCAUUAUGCGAAAAGUUUAGAAAACUACUGAUUGAGCGAGAAGUACCGCCUGUUUCUGGGUAUUGGGAAACAUUGUCGAAUAUUUUGUGGGUUCGGUUAGAUCUUGUGAUGUCGGCGCAUAAUGAGAGUGUUAAAAGCUUGGACCUGAAAAAACUUCAGAGUAACGGAGCGUUAGAUGCAAGACCUCACUAUGUUGUUCGAAGAUACGCCGAGCUGACUAGUGCUCAUUUAUCAAUUGCCAGAUGUAAUGGCCGUGAGAUUUGCCCAAAAAUGGAAGCGCUUUUAGAAUCAAGCGAAGAUACAAUUGAGCAACUUCUGACAAGGAUGUCAUGCAUGCAAACAACGCAUAAAAAUAAACACGUUUUUCUCAUCAAUAAUUAUGAUUUGAUACUGGGAAUUAUUGAUGAUAAUGAGGCAAAGCAUAGUAGAGUAUACGCCAUUAUUCAUGAGCUGGAGCAGAAAAGCAUUGAUGAUUUUGUAGAGAGCGUUCUUGAUCCACAUAUUGGCUUUCUAAUCAAGUUUGUAACGGAAUGUGAAUCCUUGAUCAAUCAAGGGCAUACUCAGUUGCUAGUACGACAUAAUGAUAAGAUUUCAAAUGCUGUGUCAACAAUCAAUUUACGAUGGAAAUCUGCUAUUGACGCCAUUAAUGCGGAAAUUGUUCAACUAUUCACUAAUUUCAGCCUGGGUACUUCCAUUCUACAGUCAACAUUCUCCAAGUUCAUUCAGUACAUACAGCGGUUCACCAAGAUUCUUGCACAUGAAGCUUUUGCUGGAAACUCUGCUGCUAACGAGCUAAUCAAUGUGCAUCAAAUAAUGCUUGAAAUCAAGAAAUUCAAACCUGUAUAUUAA